AUCGUUUCACUCCGGGGCGGGGGGUCGGCCGGCGGCGGCGGCGGCGGCGGCAGCGGCGGCGGCAGCGGCGGCCCGGUGUUGCUGCGCGGAGCCGCGGACCUCAGACCCCCGAGGCCCCCGCCAGGCCCCCGGCACCCGGCCAGGGCCGGCCGAGCGGCUGUGAGACAGAGCCUUCCGGGUGGUGACCUGGGGGUGCGCCCGGCCCCCCCGCCUCAGGGACCAUGGGGAAUGGCAUGACCAAGGUGCUUCCUGGACUCUACCUGGGAAACUUCAUUGGUGAGCAGCGCCCACUCUGUCCCAAGCCCUGGCCCUCUGCCUUGUCCAGGCUGAUGCCAAAGACUCAGAUCAGCUGGGCCGGAAUAAGAUCACACACAUACUCUCUAUCCAUGAGUCACCCCAGCCUCUGCUGAAGGAUAUUACUUACCUUCGCAUCCCAUUGGCUGAUACUCCUGAGGUACUCAUAAAAAAGCACUUCAAAGAAUGUAUCACCUUCAUCCACUGUUGCCGUCUUGGUGGAGGGAACUGCCUUGUGCACUGUUUUGCAGGCAUCUCCCGCAGCACCACCAUUGUGACGGCCUAUGUGAUGACGGUGACCGGGCUAGGCUGGCGGGAAGUGCUGGAAGCCAUCAAGGCCACCCGGCCCAUCGCGAACCCCAACCCGGGCUUUAGGCAGCAGCUUGAAGAGUUUGGCUGGGGGAAUUCACGGAAGCUCCGGCGGCAGCUGGAGGAGCGCUUCGGGGAGAGCCCGUUCCGCGACGAGGAGGACCUGCGCGCGUUGCUGCCGCUGUGCCGCCGCUGCCGCCGGAGCUCGGCCGCCCCGGCCGCCACGCACCCGGCCACGUCGGACGGGAGCCUGCAGCGCCUGGUGCCGCGCGCGCCCCGGGACACGCACCGGCCGCUGCCGCUGCUGUCGCGCGUCAAGCAGACCUUCUCCUGCCUCCCGCGCUGUCUGUCCCGCAAGGGCGGCAAGUGAGGAGCCCCCCGCCCGGGCACCCCCUUCCGACCCGCCGGCCCCUCGGCGGGCCGUCGGGGCCUCCCACGGCCGCGACGUGCCCGGAGUCUGUGGGGAGCCCCCGCCCCGCGCCCGCCCCGCUCGCGCGCGUCCCCUCCCGCCCUCCUGUGCGUCUUGUCCGGGCCGGCCUGCUGCAGCCACCUGGUGCCUUAGUCCUCGGGCUGGGGGGAGGGGGCCCCGCGCGAGAGGGGCCGACGGGGGGGCGGGGGGGCCGACGGGGUAUUAAAGAGACUCAGAAGCCGCCUGCCCCCCGCGCCUCUCCGUCUUUGU